UUCAGUUACAAUUCAAAUUGUAUACAGAAUCUUCAAGAAACAACGAGUCCAACAAGUUUUAUCAUUUUGUGGCUUAAUUAAUAACAUAUUUAAGCAAAAUUAUAUACAUCAAAAGCAAAUUAUAGGAAAACAAUGUCGUUUAGGAGGAACAUAACCUCACAAUCGGAAUCUGAGUAUUUCCAGGCAGUUUUAAUAAGAAGUGGCAUGAAAUUAACUUCAGACACAGGUGAAGAGCAGGAUAAAGAGAAUCAACUGGUUAUCCUUAUACAAGAGCAGGCACUUGUUAUUAUUGACUUGGAAAAGUUUCUGAAUGAAAAGUCCCACAAUAUAUCUAAAUUCUUGAAAGGUCUCACAGUGUUUCUCAACAAUGAGUGUAACUUCCAGCAAGCCUUACUUCCAACACAACUUAUGAAGCCUGGCUUGGAAACAAUGACAAUGAAACAGGAAUGUCUAAUAAGAAUUUUAAUGCAUGUUAAAUGUUUGCAGAGUGCAAUCAUUGAUAUGGUACUAGAACAGUUGAUAACACAAGUGAGCAAUGAAAUUGAAGAGACUGGCUGGAUUAGAAAACUAUUAUUCUCAUUAAGAUAUCUUCCAUUUAUAAAUAAACCUAAAGAAUUGUCUAGUAAACUGCUGGAUGCAUUAGAGAUAGCUACAUUUCCAUCACAGUUAGAAAUAUUGACUUAUAUACCAGAAAUAGUGCCAGAUGAUUUUUAUGAUGAAGUUGCAAAGCCUCUCUGUAAGUUACUGGAGGAGAAUGAGGAUCUCACAGGAUCAAUUAUUGAUUGUUUGAAUGCUUUCAAUUUGAACCAGGAAACAAUAUACACUAUUCAAGAAUACAUAACUGAACAACUUCUGGGAAGUACAAGGUAUUACAAAAUAUUCCCAAUUUUAUUUCAGUUCCUGGUGACAGGUUAUAAAUCUGAUAAUUUAAUUCCCAUAUUGUUCAAAGCAAGGAAUACAUUUGAUAACAUUUUAAAAACAGAAUCUGAAGAGAUUGAAGUGAUCACCAAUAAACUGGUUGUUUGCAAAGAAUUACAAAUUUUGAUUAGUCGCAGAAAAAACGUUUUCGAUGGUUUGAUGGGCAUGAUUUCAACUAUAGCUGAUUCCAGUAAACAUAAACCUAUUGAUAUAAUAAUACUUUUCAUGUUGCAUAGUAUAAAUAAUUCAAAUAAGACUCUUAUUGAGGCAACGUUUAAAAAGCGAAUUAAAGCGGGAUUAUUUAAAAUAGAUUUGAUUGAGAAAACGUUUGAGAAGUGUUUUAUCCAGCAUCUCUUUAACAGCUACUUUCAGUCGAUGUUGGAUAUUGCCAAUUGCUUAGUGCUAGUUAUUGAUCACGUAGUUGUAGAAACAGGAUCGUUGAUGAUCAAAUUGAUUUUCUGCAGCCCGCUUUGCACAAGCUUUCAAAGGCAAGACAUCUUGUAUAGUCUGAUUCUCUUAAUGGGAAUUAACGAGUGUAAAAAUGCUGCAACAGUGCUGGACAUUUUAAAUUCGCUGUUGGGCGAAGAGAAACUCAAAGAGCACUCCUUAUUGCUCAUGGGUUUGUUAAGGAUGACUGAAGAUUUGGAACUGAAGGAGGUGAAGAAAUUGUAUGAAAUUUUAUGUAAAUUAACAUGCGCCGAAGAUAGCGACGAAUCCGUGACGGGUCUGAAGGAUGAAAUUCACAUGCUCAUUCGAAAGCAAUUGGCUAGUAAUAAAAAGGACACUCAACACAGAGGUAUAGUGUCUGGGGUUGUUAUGGCAAAACACAUGGCUGCAACUGGAGAAUCGUUAAACGAGAUCAGUUUUUCUGAAGAGAACAUAAGUAUAUAUGAUUUACCGUUGGGGAAGCCACAGGAUAUCGCCAAAUUAUUCGAUAUGAUCAACAAAUGUACUUCAAACAUUCCAAAUCUCUGUGGUUUGUAUUACGAUCAACUCUCCGCAAUGAUUGUUGACUCGGGUGAUAUGGAACCUAACUCUAUAUAUUGGUUGUUCACGAAGAUAACUAAUGAGUUCGAGAGCGCUUUCAUUACAGAUAUGACGGAAGAACGCGUAGGUCCUAUCAAAUUAACGUUCCAUCACUCAUUAAACACCGAAAACGAGGUGGAUGAGCCUAUUGGUAUUAGGAUGGGUAAUUUGAUAAUUGUUAACAAUCAAACAAAAGCGAACGUAUUAAUUCUAUCGCCAUUAUUCAGGCUUUUAAGAAUCCUCAGCCAAAAACAACACAAUGGAGAUUUGUCAACAAUUGAUGCGUUGUUGGGCUGCGGAGUAGUACUGCCCCAGCACGCGAACUUAGAAUCAAUGGAUAUUGAUCACGUGAAGUUGAUUGCCGAUUGCAUAUUCCAUUGUAUCAAUUGGUUCCGAGAACUUAUCAGUGCAUUCGUUACACAAAACACCAAAAAGUUGCGGAAAAAAGUGCUUCAGAGGUUAAUGCACCUGGUAGAACUGGAAGAUCAGUUAGACAAAUGCAUGGAAAUUAUACCUGAUCAUAAACUACCGUCCAGUUAUUUCGACCAUGUCACUCAGAAUAUUCCAAAAUCUCCAAGUAAAAUAGGAAAAACUCUAACGGGAAGACCACCCAGCAAAAAGCAGAAGACGACGAAUCCAACUCAAAAUGAUACAAUUGCAUCAACUUCAGCGCUUCCGACGCAAAGAACACAAGCGGGCAGCAAAUCAAAAGUUUCGAAAUUUGAUUACAACUAUAAGUUCAGAGAAUUAGACACUGAUGUUAUAGUCUUGAUUAAAUACCCCUUAAAUUUAAACCAGUCGCAAACUCAGGAAAGUACGUAUCUCCACAUAAAGCAAUUCCAAUACAUCUUGAAAGAUUUCGUGUGCAAGUUGAGCGUGCUUACCAAGUACAAGAACUUGGGGCUAUCGCAUUUGAGUAUCGUGGAUGUUGAGAAGUUGAUCAAGAGCUGUGGCCGGUUAAUACCAAACAUUCACGUUCAGACAAGUGUGAUCACUGAGAAAUUAAAAAGCGAAUUGGAGUCUGUGGAUGGUAUACUAGAUGACCCACAUAUGUUCACCGAUGAAGUCGUGGAUUUGAAGAUAACUAUAGCUUUGAUAUUUGAAUUUUAUUCGUUGAUUUUUAGUUGGGUAGGGUUUCAGCAUGUCAAGAACGAGAAACUACUCAUAAUAUGUCUAAGAACUUUCCAAGGGGAAACAUCUUCACCAAUCAAUGUACCCAUAAAUAAAUUGAUUAUGGACUUUUUGGAUGCCCUCACCAGCUACGUGGAUCAGUGUUUGUAUCUGCCAGCUGCGAUAUCGAUGAUCGAGACGAUGCAAUCACUGUAUAAAGUCCAAAUGGGACCACUUGUAAAGAAGAAGGUUGUGAGUGUCAGUGAGAAGUUACUGCAGAGGAAAUGGUAUAAUCUACAAGGGAACCGAGAGACUGGUCGAAACGCUUUUGCUCACAUAGAUAUAUUAGUGAAGGCGUAUCUCCAAGACGCAAAGAUUAAAACUAUAUGCGGACUAGUAGGUACUUUGCAAGAGCAAAUACCAAAUCUAGCGACUAAAACAUCCUCCCUUGAAAUGCUGGAAAGCAUAGACAGAGCGAACUUCCAUGUGUUUUACCGUGGUUUAUGCUACGCUUUAGCUGAGGGUGUUAAAAUAGAAAUAGUGAGCUUAACUAAUACAGAACAUCUGGCUCUUUGGCGAACUACCACUCUCACCAUGCAAGGCCUAAUGACUGUUGCUAAAAUGCACAAAUCCAAAGGAGAGUUGGCCACCUUCCUUAAAAAAUCUAUCAUCAUACUGAAACAAUUUUACACCCACGGAAUACCAGUUUUGGAAAUCAUGCUGAAGUCAAAGACAGACGAGGUGUUGGAAAUAUUUAAAAUUUUACAGUCCAGCACCAGAUUCCUACAUCACCUGUGUUGCUACACCAAAGCGAUGAAGAACUCCAGUUUGAUCAGCUACAUUCCUCAAUACCGAUCGAUCGUGGAAACUUUGAUAUACAGAGUUAAGGCGCUUCUGGUAGCGAAUAAUUGCCAACAAGCUUUCUGGAUGGGAAUUUUAAAGAACAAAAAUCUGGAUGAAGAGGAUAUUAUAAGUCAGAGCACUGGGACUACCACGGAAAUCAUGGAGGAAGACGACGAAGAACAAUUGCCCAUGGAUGAGAGUGACAACGAGGAUUUGUUGUCGCUGGCAAACGAAGAUUGUACGAGCCAAGGAUCUGCUAGCGAAUUGUUUGAUAUUGUAUAAAGUUAUAUGAUUUAUCUUUAAAAUAUUAAUAAACUGUU